AUGCAAGACAACGUCUGUACCCCUGGGGUAUCUGCUGCCUCCAAAGUGGCCCACACCACCGACAUCCUCGAACACAUCUUCUCCCACAUCUCCGCCCGCAACGACCUCGUAUCCCUCCUCCGCACCUCGACCCUCUUCUUCCGUCUCGUGGACAGAAAGCUCUACCAGUCAAUAUCGAUAUCAAACAAGUGCAAUCCGUUCUUUGGCAUCCCAUACGGCGACAUCUCUGGUGGCCGAGGCGGGUUUUAUGGGAAAGCCAGGCUGCUGGAAUUCGUGCGCGCGGUAGUGGUCGAGCGGGCAUCAGUUCCCAUCGAGGGGUCGGUAUGGAAAAGAUGGCGUAUGCUCCCUGCCCUCCCCUUAGUCGACACGGUGAUCAUGCAGCCCGCCGACAGCAAUACACAACAGGACGGCGGAUCAGACAGGUCGCUGCCGAAGAACGCCCUCGUUGAACGGCUUUGCCCGAAUGCGACUCAUCUCUGCCUCUCCCUACCCUGGUUGACCCCAGGCGCGAAGCAGGCGCAUCCCAUGCCUUCUUUUCCCAAGGUCAAGACGCUGGUGAUCAAGUCUACCGCGGUGGACACUAUUGACAUUGAUUAUAUCACUGGAGACCAGCGGGCCAAGGCGGAGUGGCCCAAUGUCACAAUGGUUCAUCUGUACAUCUGGGGUGAUCUCGUGUCCCCUCGGAAGUAUCUACUGAGAUCUGGGUGGCCGAACAAGGCUGCAAUCGACUGGUCCGAAAUACUGGCAAUCGGCAAUGGGACGUACAAAGAACUCGGAGCCAUCCACGAUUACGCCCUUGACAGUCUUAUGCGCCGCAUAGCAAUGCUACUGUCUAUCAGUGCUCUUCGGCUGUACAAUGUUGAGGAGAUGCUGGAUAGAUUGAAGUCGUGGAAAAUGACUAGGCGAACGUUCAAAACGAGUAGAGGACGCAUGGAAAGGGCCUUGCUGGAGAUGAUGAGGGAUGUGGCGAAAUACUCGGGCUUGUCGGACAAGUCGGCAGAGGUCGAUAUCUCAUGGCGACCCGCUCAAGAGUUCUACCAGACCUUCGGCGGCGUUCUGGAUCAAAGCGAGGAUGAAAGAUGGUAUCGGUCAACAGUCCUCGACCCCUCGCCAAGGCUCGUUGCACUCAGAGCCCGGCUGGCAGUCAAGACGGCGUAUCCCGUUAGCAACUUUAUAAGCUUGACGGAGUCUGAUGCUGAGUAUGCGUUGGCAGCUUACAAGGGAUGA